UGAGCGUUGAGUGAAAUAGUUGUGAAAAAAAGAGGAAACAGAAUUAAGUCUAAUAAGAGAAGAAAGAAAAAAAAGUGAAAGAAUUUGUGAAUAAACAUAAAGACAAUAAGAUAUAUAAAAAUAGGGACUCAUUAAAUAAUUUUUUUUUUUUGCUAUUUUUAAAAACUAUACAUUUAUGUGACUAUAAAAAAGACUGUCAGUGUUGUCAAACGAGACUAAUUAUUUACGGGACUAUAAAUCAUAUUUUUUUGAUUUUUUUUGUAAAUAAAUAAUAUUGAUAGACUUUAGUGAUACAAUUAAAUGAGAUGCGUGAUACAUUCGUACAAAUACUCAAAGAUAAACCUGAAACCAGCUUCAAUUCAGAUAGUUCACACAAUAAUGAAGGACAAAAUGGAGCAGUUAAAGAUGUGUCAAAAAAUGGAUGGAACAAUAAUCACUUAUCCCAAAUUGACAGCGGAAUGGUUAAAAAUUCCACCACAAAUUACCGUGGAAGGUCGUCCGAAACGUCAGCGUCCGACCCAUCUGGGGCCAGGGGGAUGCGGAACUCGAUGGAGGGGUCGGGCCCAAAGGCGAAUCACGCUGUGGAACUCAAGAAGCGGAUGGGGUUGUUCAGUGGGAUUGCUCUAAUUGUUGGAACUAUGAUAGGUUCCGGAAUAUUCGUAUCGCCAAGUGGUUUGCUUGUUAGGACAGGCUCCGUUGGUAUAAGUUUCAUCAUUUGGAUGGCGUGUGGUAUUCUUUCCUUAUUGGGUGCUCUCUCGUAUGCAGAGUUGGGAACAAUGAAUACAUCAUCUGGCGCAGAAUGGGCAUAUUUUAUGGAUGCAUUUGGAUCAGCACCUGCGUUUAUAUUCAGUUGGGUAUCAACACUUGUUUUGAAACCAUCACAAAUGGCCAUUAUUUGUUUAUCAUUCGCCCAAUAUGCCGUCGAAGCAUUUGUUUCUGAAUGUGAUCCCCCAUCAGUUGUUGUAAAAAUGGUUGCCUUAUUGGCUAUAGUGUGUAUCUUGUUUGUUAAUUGUUACAGUGUGAAUCUAGGAAUGGCUGUACAAAAUGUUUUUGCGACAGCAAAAAUGAUUGCUGUUUUGAUCGUCAUAUGCGGCGGUGCUUGGAAGCUCUUUCAAGGAAAUACGCAGCACUUGUCUAAUGCUUUUGAAAAUCCAUCACCAUCAGUGGGUGUAAUUGCAACAGCUUUCUACACUGGAUUAUGGGCAUAUGAUGGUUGGAAUAAUUUAAAUUAUGUUACUGAGGAAAUCCAAAAUCCUAGCAAAAAUCUACCACGAUCAAUUAUGAUUGCAAUUCCAUUGGUAACUCUCUGCUAUGCAUUGAUAAACAUUUCCUAUUUGGCAGCAAUGUCACCUGACGAGAUGAUUGGAUCUGAGGCUGUUGCUGUGACAUUCGGUAAUCGUAUAUUGGGAAUGUUUGCAUGGAUUAUGCCAUUGAGUGUUACAAUAAGUACCUUUGGAUCGGCCAAUGGAACAUUGUUUGCUGCUGGACGAUUAUGCUUUGCUGCAUCACGUGAGGGACAUUUGCUGGAUAUCUUGUCUUACGUUCAUGUCAGACGUUUAACACCGGCACCAGGUUUAAUUUUUCAUUCAUUGAUUGCUGGUGCGAUGGUUCUUUACGGAACCAUUGACUCAUUAAUUGACUUCUUUAGUUUUACGGCUUGGAUCUUUUACGGUGGCUCCAUGUUGGCGUUGAUUGUUAUGCGCUACACCAAACCAAACUAUCCACGCCCAUACAAGGUGCCAAUCAUCAUUCCAAUUCUCGUUCUUGUGAUUUCUAUCUAUUUGGUUAUCGCUCCGAUCAUUGACAAACCACAAAUUGAAUACCUGUACACAAUUCUCUUCAUCUUAUGUGGUCUCGUACUUUAUUUGCCUUUCGUUCGUUGGCGCAUGCAUCCUGGAUUCAUGAAUAAAGUCACAAUCUUCUUUCAAAUGCUUUUUGAAGUUGUACCAACAAAUCAUAUGGCAAUGUUUGACUAAGAAACAUCUACAACUAUCUAAUUAUAUCUGAAUUGUAUCAGCUUAAUGGCGAAUUUAUUUUUAAAUGAUAAUUUUUUUUAGAUCUUAACGCUUCAAAUUUUAUUUUUAUCAUUCAAAAGGCGCUCAAAUGAUGCAAAACUUAGGAAGUUUUAUACAAUUUUUAAGUUGAAGCAAUAAGUCUUAUUUUAAAAAUUAAUUAAAUAAGAAAAUUAUGGCAUUCAAUGCGAUUUCAUGAGAUGAAAUUUGCAGAUAAAUUAAAAAUACAAAAGAAACGUGUAGAUUGAAAAUUUAGAGACUUUAAAAUUUUAAACAAAAGAAUUAUCUUAAAAUCGAUUGAUGACAAAGUUACGUACAUGUUAGAAAGAUUCUAGAAAAUUUAUUGAAUUGCACCUUUAAAUGAAGGAUUUAUUUGAAAUGUGUUAGAUAAAACACAGUAACUUAACUCUACUAGAUGUUAUAUCCAAUCAGAUGAGAUUUCUCUAUGGAAUGAGACAAAAAUGAGGUACUAUAUAGACAGAAAUGGAUUUAAAAAGAGCCAAUUAAUACAAAAUAAAACGAGUUUGUAAAAACAUGGAAAUUUAUUGGGAAAAUAAAGAUUUGAAUAAAAAGAUUUAUUUUU